AUGAUGCACGGGUUUCCAACAACGCCUAUAGGGAUGGGCGCUGGACGCCUAUUGGCGUGUAAGAAAUGCGACACUUAUAUCACCUCCUCGCGGUACAUGCUAUCCUGCGCGUACCGAGGGUUGCUUGGCAAAGCCGCUCUAUACCGCGAAGUCUCUUCCACGACGACGCGUCUCGCCCCGCCCACAAUUCAGCUGAUGGCAAGCGGCGCAUAUACCGUUCGAACGCUUACCUGCCAGACGUGCAACUCAUAUCUCGGUAUGGAGAUCGUGCGCGCGUACGAGAGCUCCGAACGCUGGAAAGAGGGACGCACGCUUCUCGAGCUCGAGAGCAUUGCCGAGCAGCGAGACGCUCCCUCGGUUCCCGUACCAAAAGAGUUCUUGCCUCCUAGUCUCGAUAGCAGUGUUGCGGCUCAGAUGGGCAAAGCCGACAUAGUAGUGCAGGAGCGAGAGACUGGGCGGAAGAAGCCCCGGCGCGUCAUGUUCAGGCGGACGAUGAUCAUUCUGGAGGACAUGCGGGCACGGAUACCGGAGAAGCGGAUGGUAUUGCGAACGAGGGUAUCGAAAGGAACGAUCAAGACCGACUGA